AGUUUUGCUCUCUUUCUCACAUUCGCAGCUUGUUAUACCUUGGAGAAAAUGUCAUGGUCUUACUUGCACUCAAUCUUUCUGUUAACUUGCCAGAAUGUAACAGAUGUAACAGAACAUACAGUUUUCCUUAACAUUAAGUUGGGCUGCUGUCAACAGGGCCGCAGUACGAGACGAAAAGAAGACAAGAAGACAUCAAAUAAAAAGGAGAUGCGAGGUCAAAGAAUUGACGUAGAGCAGCUUCUCAGGCAGUCACAGACUGAACUGCUGUGGAUCCAGCGACAGCUGUCAAUCAUAGCAGCAGGAGAUGCCAAUCGUGCACGGGCCCAAAAGAAGCUGAAGCAGGAGGCCCAGCCGUUGCACCUGGCCUCUCACGCAGCCCACCAUGUGAACCGCUGCCACCUCUUAGAGGAAAAGAACAGAGCUCUUAAACUUGAGCUAGCCACUCUCAGACAGCAUAAACAGCAGCACAGAUCUCUGGAGUCAGAGGUCAACGAGCGGAGGAAGAGGUGUCAGAUCCUUGAGAGAGAAGUGAAGAAUAAGGCAUUAGAAUGUAAGACUUUGAAGAAUGAGCUUCAGGAUGCUUUGCUGGAGAGAAAACGGCUCAAUCGUGAGCUGCUUAGUCACAUCCUGAAGGCCACACAGUACGAGAAGGUAAAGUCAGACUAUGAUCAGCUCAGAAAGGCUUUUGGUUGUGUGAGUCAAGAGAGAGACUCUGCCAGGCAGGAGAAGGCUCAGCUCCAAGACAAACUGGAGAACCUUGAGCAGGUCCUGAAGCAUAUGCGAGAGGCUGCAGAUCGGCGGCAGCAACUGGAGGCAGAGCAUGAGCAGGCCUUGGCUUUCCUCAACUCCAGACAGCAGGAGAUCAACCUUCUGCAGAAGGUUCAGGCUGAAGCUGAAAAAGAGCACGAAGAAGUGGUGCAUUUGCUAGAGAGCCAUAUGGACAAAAUGCAGGUCAAGGUUCAUGACUUAGAGCAGAAAUGCCGGACACAGAGUGAGCAGUGCAAUAUUUUGUCGAAAGAGCUGGAGAAAUAUCACCUGGGGUCAGACGUGGAGGAUACACUCAACACUGACUCACAGGAGAAAAACUUGUGCAACAGUUACAACAGCCUGCAGCGCCAGGUCGAAAAAAGUGAUGAGAGAUCUGACGGAUCUCCACUGGUCUCAGAACUGCCCAUAGUACAGCAACACAAGAGAGACAAGCCGGAGCAGCUGUCGGUCAAACCCACCGUUCAAACCCAGAGUCGCUCCAGCAGCCCCAUGCAAGCAUCCCUCUCAGAGAUGGAUGAUGAAGUGAGCCCAGCUCCGAGGACCAAGACAAGAUACACAGGCCAGGUCCGUCUCUGCACUGCCCGAUACAGUUAUAAUCCCUAUGAUGGACCAAACGAGCAUCCAGAAGCAGAGCUCCCUCUUGUGGCAGGGAAGUAUUUGUACGUAUAUGGAAACAUGGACGAUGAUGGAUUUUAUGAAGGAGAGCUAUUGGAUGGCCAGCGUGGCCUGGUUCCCUCUAAUUUUGUGGAGUUUGUCCAGGACAAGGAAAAGCCAUCUAUCGAGGGUGGAGAGGAGCAGGGCAGGCUGGAGCAGAGCUGUCUGAGCCUGGUGACCAUAGAUGGAGGCGCUCCUCUCGACAGCCUUAGCACUGAUGCCCUCGGUCACUGCAGCAAUGGGACAGGCGCUCUGGAUGGAGAGGAACUGAGUGAUGACAUCGUGCCUUACCCCAGGAAGAUCAACCUGAUCAAACAGCUGGCGAGAAGUGUGAUAGUGGCCUGGGAGGCGCCUCUAGUGCCCCUCGGCUGGGGCAACAUCAACGGCUACAAUAUCUUAGUGGAUGGGGAAGUACGCUCCUCUGUGCCGUUUGGAGGGAGGACCAAACUGCUUCUCGAAAAGCUGGACCUGGCUGCCUGCACAUACCGCGUGUCAGUACAGAGCGUGACGGACAGGGGGCUCUCUGAUGAGUUGCGCUGCACCUUGCUGGUGGGCCGCAAUGUUGUGGUGGCGCCCACCGGUUUGCGCAUGGAUGAUAUUUUACGUGACGCUGCUGAGCUUUCGUGGCUGCCCAGUAAUAGUAACUACGCCCAUGUUGUGUAUUUAGAUGGCGUGGAGCACGCUGUGGUGAAGCCAUGCUCUUACAAACUGCGUUUUGUAAACCUGAAGGCCGCCACAGUGUAUAAAGUAAAAGUGUUGGCCAAACCUCACCAGGUACCCUGGCACAUGCCUCUGGAACAGAGAGAGAAAAGAGAGGCUGGAGUGGAGUUCUGUACCCAAGCUGCAGGGACCCCUCUGCCUCCUCAAGAAGUCCAGGUCCAGUGUGGACAAGCCCCAGGAGUCCUCCAAGUUCUGAAGCCCCCUCCAAUGACACCCAUGGGAACCUCCAAUGGUGCAAAUGUCAUUGGCUACGCAGUCUGCACUAAGGGUCAGAGGAUUGCUGAGGUGUUGUAUCCACUGGCAGAUUAUGCCGCAGUAGAACUGAACCGUCUCCAGUGCUUGGAGGCCCAUGAGGUUAUUGUCAGGACUUUAUCAGCACAAGGGGAAUCUCAAGACUCCCAUGCCGCCGUCAUUCCAAACCACCUGCUGGUGCCUCUUCCUAAAACCCUUCCUCCCUCUCACCACAUGCAAUCAUCUCUCCCACCCCAACAGUCCCAACCAAUGCCUCCUCAUCCCCAAAUUCGGACCCUUCCUCCUCACCCUGGACCACAACAACCCACCCAUCUCCAACCCCUUCCCGUUCGCCCCAACCAGCCCCCAUCUCAUCUCCAUCCCCAUCGUAUGCCCCAUCCCACACAACCCUCUCCACCCCACCUCCAGCCUUUACCACCACACCCCAUCCCUCAACCCCAGCCCACCAUCCCAAUGCCCCAGCCUCAGACAUCCAUGCCCAUGCCCCAACCCCAGCCCCAGCCACCCAUGCCUAUGCCUCAGCCCCAACAGCCCAUGGCCAUGCCUCAACCCCAACCGGCCAUCCCCAUGCUUCAACCCCAACCAACAAUCCCAAUGCCCCAGCCUCACAUUCCCCAACUACCCCUUCCCCAGUCCCAAAGACCACUAAGUGCCAGAGAACUGGAAACCAAAGAGCCAGGGCCAGGAAUGCAUCAUCAUGGAGGAGGCCCACCUCAGCCAUGGGAGCCUGGCUGCUCCCCAUCAGGCAUGCCCACAGGCCUGCCACAUGGACACACCCUGGAUGCUCCGGCCUGCCCAAACCGCCGUUCCCCAUCACCUCAAAGGAUCCUUCCCCAACCCAGGGGUACACUCAUUCCUGACACUGUGGACAAGGCUAUUGCCCGAGAGGCAGCCCAAAGAGUGGCUGCAGAAAGUGGACGGAUGGAGAGGAGAAGCCAGGGUUUUCACUCUCAAAAUUCAGAUGAGGAAGAGGAUGAGGAAAGCUAUCAGGCCCGCAGAAGAGGAGCAUCUGUGGAUGACUUCCUCAGGGGCUCAGAGCUGGGCAGGCAGUCUCAUUACAGUCACAGCGAAGAGUAUCAUACAGAGAGCAGUCGAGGCUCGGACCUCUCGGAUAUCAUGGAAGAAGACGAGGAGGAGUUGUAUUCUGAAAUGCAGCACGAAGAAGGCAGGCGACGAAACUCCCACAAUGCACCCAAGACCGGAGGCAGCACUCCAUCUUCGAGUCAGCUGGAUCGGGAAUCAUACCGGAAGCCAUCUCACAGAGGUCCUCAACCUCAGCGCCGACCCCUCACGGUCCCAUCCAUUGAGAUAACCACUGAGAGUAACAGUGAAGGGAACCUCUCUCCGGUCAAGGAGGAUGUUUACUAUGGCAGUGUAGCGCGACACAGGACAUGGUCCUCCCGAAGGCACGGGGGACGCAGGCCUCCUUAUGAUGGAUACCGGGAACGAAGCCGCCGCUCUCCCCCUUAUUAUGAUGAAUCUGAGCAAGAGGACCCGUUUCGAGUCUUUGUGGCACUCUUUGACUAUGACCCUCUCUCCAUGUCCCCUAACCCUGAUGCAGCUGAUGAGGAGCUCCCUUUUAAAGAGGGACAGAUAAUCAAGGUGUAUGGGGAUAAGGAUAAUGAUGGCUUUUAUCGUGGAGAGAUCCGUGGCAGGUCUGGACUUAUUCCCUGUAACAUGGUGUCGGAAAUCCGUGCUGAGGAUGAUGAAACUAUGGAGCAGCUCAUGAAACAGGGAUUCCUCCCUCUCAACACUCCUGUAGACAGAAUAGAACAAAAUAGGAGAGGUCGCCACCCAGUGGCCACAAGACGAAUGGUUGCCCUGUACGACUACGACCCCAGAGAGAGCUCCCCAAACGUGGACGUUGAGGCUGAACUGACUUUCUGUGCUGGCGAUAUCAUUGCUGUUUUUGGGGAUAUAGAUGAAGACGGCUUCUAUUACGGUGAGCUUAAUGGACAUCGGGGCUUGGUUCCAUCCAAUUUUCUCGAAGAAGUGCCUGAUGACGUGGAGGUCUAUCUGACGGACACUCCCUCUCACCACGGUCAGGACGAGUCCAAUCCGGUACCGGCACCGCGCCCAGAGACCAAACGGGUUCCGGUGGAAAGUACAGUGCCGGCUCCGGCCCCUGGAAGACCCGCCUCUCCCACUGUGCGUCCUUUGCUUCCCGUUGGCCCAGUCAGGCCGCUGAGCCCUGCCAGGGGUCCACGAGACCUGGCAUCUAAAAAGAAAAAAGGACUGCUCUCUAAGGGGAAGAAACUGCUCAAAAAGUUCUCAAAGUAAAAGUAUGAGAUUGAUUUCAAAUUCAUAUGGCUACAACAGCAUACAGAUUUCUCUCUCAAAAGGGAAACAACCAAUCCCCAGUGUUUCAUAAAAGUCUAUGGUGUAUUUUUUUUCUCACACACACACACACACACACACACACAGACACACACUCACACACAAAUCUAAACAGCUUUCACAUUAACAUGCCACGUACAUAUUCUGAAAAAGAUCUAAUAUUCAGAUGAAAAGGAAUGACAUAUAUAAAGAUGUCACUCAUACGUCAGUGAGCUUGCUAAUUGGCUGUCAGAAUGAAAGCAUCUAUUCAUACUGUGAUGUAGAGGACAAAGAGAUAUUGUUAAUAUUUAAGGAAUACCUUCAAUUAUAAUUUUCACAUUUCAAAUCAAAGUGCUGGAUUUUGAAUGAAAUUUUUAAUCUACUAGAUUUUAAAGUUUGGUAGAGCCAUUGGUGAUAAAAACAGUUCAAAAAGCACUUUAAAUAUGGUCUGACAUUGUCAGUCAAAUAGCAGUAAAUGACAAAAACCUCCAGACCAUAUUAAGUGCGUUAGUCUCAAACAAAAAAGACCACGAUCAAUCCAGUGAAAGACGAGCAAAGGUACAAAAUGGCAUAACUGACCAGAGCAGUCUAUAAGCAAAUCCUUUUAAACAUUGCUGUGGCCUUCAUCUAAACUCAGUAAGUACAGUAUAUUACCUACAUCUGAUGUCUCCAUACAUCAGUCUUUGCCAAGUAUUCUCCCUUUUGCUCCCUUUCCUGCGUUUAUCAUGAGAAUGACUCUGAAGUUAUAAAAUACAACGGAAAGUUUCUGUGUUUGCCUUUUAAUGCACAAUUCGGUGUGUUUUGGUGAAUGGCUCGUGUGUGUGCGUGUUUGUUUGUUUGUUUGUGUGUGUGUGUGUGUGUGUGUGUCUCCCCUCUGCAUCCAUGUUCGUGCAACCCCUUAAAACUGAAAAAGGACAAAUGUUGUUAUAAACUUUUGUGAUAAUGUGACGUGCUGCUAAUUACAAGUUGUUUCCUGUUCCUUUCUAAAGUCAAUAAGGGUGGUGUCAUCUUCAUAAGAAGAAAUAUUUAAGCAAAGAUGGUGUCUUGGUGUCUCCUUGAAUUUCACUUUCUAAGGGCCGGUUUAAACAGAACGCAUUUUUGCCAUGGCUGAUUCGAGUUUUUCGACGUAAACAAGCGAAAGACUGACAUUUGACUCUUUCUCAACGUUCUUGUUUGUUUUUAGCAAAGGUAGUUUGACUACAUGCACAGAAACACUGUGUUCUUUGCCAUUCCAUUUUAAACACAAGAAUGCGUUCUGUAUAAACAGAUUUUCAUCCAAAAAUGAAAUUUCUCUCAUUAUUUAGGCAACUCUUAAACCCUAACGUCAUUCCAAAACUGUAUGCCUUUCUUUAUUCUGUGGAACAUAAAAGGAGAUAUUUUGAGAAAUUUCCCUCUCGCUCUAUCUUUACUCUAUCCGUAUAUACAAUGGAAAACUGUUCAGAUUUCAACAUUCUUCAAAAGGAGCCUUUCUUUUAUGUUUCACAAAAGAGAGAAGUCAUACAGGUUUGAUCGACGCUUUCAUUUUUGGGUGAACAGCCCUUUUAACAAUGGUUUACACGAAUGGGUCAUGGCUGGUUAUGAGAACAUCAUCUAUAGGCCUAAAUAACAUAUCCUUGCUGCUGUUAUCAUUGGCUGUUUUUCCUGAGGUCUUUGCUUGCUAUUGUAGAAUCAAACAUGAGGACUUUGCAAUUCAUAUUCUCAGCUACCAAUACAGGUUAAGUAAUACCCUCAGGCAAAACUAGCUAUGAUGGCUCAGUUGUUUCAAGCUAUAAUCUAGUAGUUUACAUUAAGGGCAAAAUCUCUUGCAUCAACACAAAACAUCUUGCCCCAGCAACUGGAAAUGCGAGGUUGAGCCAACGUUUGGUGGCAUCUCACAAUAAUGUGGCCAGUUGGAUUUAGAUUGCACUCUUGAAUGGUUUGAUCCAGGGUAAAUACUGUGUGUGUUUUUUUUUUUAUCUUUAAAAAAAGAUUAUAUUAAAAGUAUACUAUAUUUAAGCAUUUUAAUUAAUACAUUCAUUUGGGGUGAAUGGAGUUUAUUUGUUGUAGAUGAAAAACAUGGAGGGUUCUAAUCAAAAAAAAAAAAAAAUGGUUGGAUAGCCAAAAAGGAAUGUAUGAAAUGUUCAGCUGCCUGUCUAGCUUGCAACAUCAUUUUGCCAAAAGAAAAAUAAAAGAGAUUACAUAUAUUUUCAUUUUACAGAAAUAUCUCUAUUAUUAUCAUAACUCCCAAGUGUUCGUUUGUGAUUGGAUGUUGUUCAUUUCUCGGUUACUCUUUUGUACACCAUUUGUAGAUAAUUUAUAAAUGUUUAUACUUAAUUUACAGAUUUUCAGACUUUUUUAGUGCUUUAAGAUUUAAUAUUCAACAGUGCGUGUUCUCCAUGGUGUCUUCAAGAAGAGAUGCUCAAGUCUGCAAAUUCUGUGCUUGCUCUGUGAAUUAAAGAGAAAAAAUAACUUGUUGGUCUAUAUUUACUGAUAUGGACUAUUGUGUGGCUGUGCAUGUGUAGAACUGUGUAAAAUAUACAUUUUCUAUGAAAAUAAAUGUGAUAUUUUUCAA